AUGAAGAGACGAACUUGGGCUGUCUUCGACGAGGACAUUGCAGCAUCGCAAGGUCUGAAGCUUCUGGGCUGCGUCGUUUCAGAUGUCCGCCGUCCGUUGGACAACUUUUGUCCAGCGCUCGAUGCAGCGAAGACUCUGGACUACGAUGCCACCUUGGACGUCAAGAGCGAGCCGAAUCUGCGACUAUCUCUCAGCGCCAUCAAAUCGAAUCGUGCCGCCGCCAUGCUGGCGAGCCUUCUCAACCUUGAAAUCAGCGCAGAGCAGGAAGAAUCCUAUGAGUUGACGACGGCGCUCGCAAAGACGUUUCAAGUGCAGCAGCACCAGAAUCUGUGGACGAAAACUCUCAGCGCGUAUGGCGACCAGAUCCGAGCCUUCGCCCGAUCGCCGGCGGGCCAGAAAGGCCUCUACUUCUUGGUGGGCAUCAGAACGGCGAUGCGCCCAGAGAUGACUCGUACAAACAUAGAUGGAUCUGGACACCGCAUCGCCGCCGACACGUCGGUUUUAGAGCAAGCUAUGGGCGUUCCUGUUCCAUUAGCCGGCCAGCUGGGUGUCGAUCUCGGUUUCACCACCACCCAGUCUACCCUUCUCUCAUCGACCCGUCGUGGCGAGCGAGCCUUUGCUGCCGAGUACUGCAAGCUGAAGUGGACUGCAAAGGGCAUCGUGCUGGAGCCCAGGGGCAAGUUGCGUCUGCGCCGGGAGCUCGUGCAGGGGGAUGUCGUCGCCUUUGGCAAGAGAAAGCUCGCCUUCUCGGGCGGCGCAGAUGGCGAUGACGAAGAUGAAGAGAGUGACGAAGAGAGCGACGACGAGACGGAAGAAGACAACGAGGCUGGGAAUGAGGCUGGUAUUGAAAACGUACUUAUGUGA